GUCCACCCCAUAACCUCAACCACUGGCAUGACUUUGGUCCUAAUCAUGGAGAUGUUCCCUCCCCUGUGCUCACCCCAUAACCCCAACCACUGGGAUAACCUUGAUUUCCACCCUAGGGAUGUCACCCCCGGUGUCCACCCCAUAACCCAACCAUUGGGAUGACCUUGGUUGCCAUCAUAGGGAUGUCAGCCCUGGUGCCCACCCCAUAACUACAGCCCCUGGGAUGACCUUGGUCUCCAUUGUAGGGAUGUCACCCCCAGUGUCCAUCCUGUCACCUGACUCUUGGGAUGAAGCCAGUCUUCACCAUGGGAGCGUUGGCCUCAGUUCCCACCCCACCCCACUUGGGGGAUGCCCAGCCCCAACCACGGGGAUGACCUUGAUCCUAAUCACAGAGUUGUCACCACCCCAGCGCCCACCCCACAACCCCAACCACUGGGAUGACCGUGGUCCUAACCAUGGAGACAUCACCCCCAUGCCCGCCCCAUCGCCCAACCCUUGGCAGAUGAAGGAGGUGCUGAGCUCAUGCCGUCAUGUGGAUGGGGUGGAGGGGGAGGGGGCACGGUGAGGACCCCUCACCUGGGUGCCGCUCCUCGUAGGUGGGGUCCUUGGCGGCAGGGAAGGUGAUGAACAUCAUGGCCAGGUUCUCAGGGACGUCCUCGCGGCUCAGGGCAGCGUAUUUGCUCAUCCUACAGGAACAGCACUUGUCCCCAUCCCUGCCCCCGUCCCUGUCCCACAGUGGGGGUCCCUUACAUGGUGUCCAGGUCGUUGUGAGGGUAGAUCCAGAAGUUGGUGGCUGGCAGGUCCAGCUCGGCCGCGGUGCCCCGCAGCCCCACAAACACCAGGAAGGAGCCCAUCCCGUGCUGCACCAUGGCCAGGCGGGAGCGGAUGACUGCGGGGACAGGGGGGCAUUGGGGACAGUGGCACCCUGUCCCCUGGAGAGGGGUGGUGGGGGCACAGGGGAUGCCAUGGACACCAGGGGUGCUGGGGACAUCAGGCGGGGACACCAAGAGCACUGGGGACGUGAUGAUCUCUGAGGGUUCUGGAGACACUGGGGACACCACGAGCAAUGGGGACACCAGGGGUGUUGGGGACAUCAGCAACACCGGGGACACCAGGAGCACUGGGCCACAAUGAGCUUUUGGGUGCUGGGGACACCGGGGAUAUUGGGGACAUCGUGGGCACUGGGGGUGCUGGGAACACGGGAGAUACUGGAGACACCAUGGGCACCGGGGACACCAGGGACACUGGGGACACAAUGAGCUUUGGGGUGCUGGGGACACCAGGGGCACCAGGGACAUGGGAGACAUUGGAGAAGCCACGAUCACUGGGGGCACCAGGGACACUGGGGACACCAUGGGCACGGGGGAACCCAGGCAGACGGGCGCCAUGGCGGCACACACCGGGGUGGGCACGCAGUGGGGAGGGCAGCAGCCUGCCGAAGGUGUUGAAGAUCCCAGCAUCAGAGAUGACAAUGCGUGCCCGGAUCUCCACCUCCUCCUCCUCACCGCCCUUCCGCACGGCCACCCCUGCAGCACAGCGUGUUGUCACCCAUCCCCAUGUUGUCACCCAUCCCCAUGUUGUCACCCACCCCACACUGUCACCCAUCCCAUGUUGUCACCCAUCCCACGCUGUCACCCAUCCCCAUGUUGUCACCCAUCCCAUGUUGUCACCCAUCCCAUGUUGUCACCCAUCCCCAUGUUGUCACCCAUCCCGUGUUGUCUCCCACCCCACACUGUCACCCAUCCCAUGUUGUCACCCAUCCCAUGUUGUCUCCCACCCCACACUGCCACCCAUCCCAUGUUGUCACCCAUCCCAUGUUGUCACCCACCCCCAUGUUGUCACCCACCCCACACUGUCUCCCACCCCACAUCCCAGCCCCCACGCUGGCCUCUCACCCACAGCGGUGUCACCAGAGACGAGGAUGCGUGUGACAGCAGCCCUCACCAGCACGGCCCCCCCUGCGCGCUCGAUGAGGGGCACGGUGUGGAAGGCGACCUCGCUGGCCCCCCCCCGCGGGUACCAGGCGCCGCGCUGGUAGUGGUGAACCAUCAGCAUGUUCACCAGGAAGCUGGAGUCCCGGGGUGCCGUGCCUGGGGACACGGGGAUGGUGACAGUGCCACGACAUGGCCCUCCCCGUCGUGAUACGACCCUCCCCUAGCGCAAUGUGGCCCUCCCCGUCAUGAUACAGCCGUACUCUGUCAUGACAUGGCCCUCCCCAUCGUGAUAGGGCCCUCCCCUACCACAGUGUGGCCUUCCAUAUUAUGAUAUAGCCAUCCUCUGUCAUGACAUGGCCCUCUCCAUCAUGAUAUAGCCAUCCUCUGUCGUGACAAGGCCCUCCUCAUCGUGAUACAGCCAUCCUCUACCACAACAUGGCCUUCCCUAUCACGAUACAGCCACCCCCUGUUGCAACCCACCUCACCCUAUCGUGACACAGCCCACCUCUCCUGCAGCAAUGUCCUGCUGUAUCACGACACAGCCCUCCUCCCGUUGCAGCAGUGCCCUCCUUAUCACAACACCCCCCUCCUUGCAGCAACAGCCCCUUCUCUGUCGCGAUAUCCUCCUCCCUGUUGUGAUAGCCCACUCUCUGUCAUGAUAGCCUCCUCCCCAUCACGAUAGCCUACUCCCUGUCUCCAUAUCGCCCUCCCCAUCACUAUAGCCCCCGCCCCAUCACAACAGCCCUCUCCCUGUCUCGAUAGCCCCCUCCC